AUGUUCGACCCAAAAUUGAUCAAAGAUAUCAUACAAACAAGAAGUGUUAAUAAGCAUAAGAGGAAAACAAGCCAAAGCAAACGCGAUUAUGAAAAAAUAAAGAAUAGAAUUUCCCAAGCUGGAAUUCAGAUGGACUACGUAGCAGCCUACUUGGAGAAGUUAUAUGGCGAUCAUAUGACGGUAACAAAUCUACUGUCACUUGCUACAAAAAUUGCUCAAAAAUUAGAUUUGAAUAUUGAUCGACUUGCUAAGCGCAAUAGAAGUGCACUUAUCUGCUGGUUUGCCGAAAAUUGGAAAAUAGUUUAUCCAUACUUACCAAUUUUUGCCGCAAGUGAACUUGUUAAGAUUUCCACUCUCAAUAUUAAUACAUUAAGUAGUAUUAAACCAAUGAGUAUUGCACCAAGUAGUAGCUUUCAUAUUGAUAUUACAGAUGUUAGUCAAUUGUUGAAUAAUCAUUAA